AUGAUUCAACUAGUAGUGAUUAGACAGUACGAUAAAACUCAUUCAUCAUUUAUUGUUCCAUAUGAAAAUCAUAUCAAGAAUGAAACAUUUUUCAACAUGACAUUCGAUACUAAAUCUAUACCAGUUUCAAUUCUACGUAAUUCUAUUCAACAUUGGUUUACACCUAUUAUGGAUAAUUAUCAUAAUGAAAUUAUUACCACUUCUACAAAUACUACUAAUACUACUAAUAAUAUUAAACAAUAUUGGACAAAUCAAACAGCACCACCACCACCACAACAACAACAGCAACAAUUAACUACACAUAAUAUUAAUCAAUCAUUCAUAUCACCUAUUCAUUUUACAACACAUAAAUUAAUAUCUAAAUUACCUAAAUUAACAAAUUUUAAUUUACAAUCAAAUAAUGAUACAAUUUAUUUUAAUGAAAAAUAUUUCAAUUCUGAUAUAAUUAAUUCUAAUAUACAAUUACGUAAUUCUUCAAAUUAUACUAUGAAUUAUCAAUGUACACCAAUUGAUUACAAUACAUGGUCGAGUUCAGUAUUUAAUAAUAAUAAUAAUAAUAAUAAUAAUAAUAAUAAUACUAAUACCAAUACUACUAAUAGUAAUAAUAGUAGUAAUAUUAAUGAUAAUGAUUAUGAUAAUAAUAGUUAUCUCAAUACAAAUCCAUUGAAAUCUCUUCAUAAUGAUAUGAAACAUAAUCAUAAUAUUAUAUUACCAUUCAAUACAAACUUGAUACAGUCAAAUAUUUUAAUGAAUAAUAAUAGAAAUUAUGAAAAUUCUAAUGAAUUCUUAUAUGAUUUAGAUAAUGAAUCAUCAAAUUGUUCAAGUAUUUCAUUAAAUAGUAAUGAUACUACUACUACUACUAAUACUAAUACUAAUACUAAUACUAUACAUGAUAGAAUAAGAUCAUUAUCUUCAAUAAGAUCAAAUAAUAAAUUAUUAUAUCGAUCAAAUCGUAUUAAAAUUAUGAAUAUAAGAAAAACUGGACGUUUCAAGAAUCAUAAUUUACAUGCAUUUCAAAGACAAGCAGCUAAUAUGCGUGAACGUAGACGAAUGCAAUCAAUUAAUAAAGCAUUUGAAGGUUUAAGAUCACAUAUACCAACAUUACCCUAUGAGAAACGUUUAUCUAAAGUAGAUACACUUAGAUUAGCAAUUGGUUAUAUACAUUUCUUACAAGAAAUUAUUCAAGCACAUUCAAAAGAUGAAAUAACAUGGAAAGAGAUCAAUACAAAUUCUGAUACAAAUUCAAAUCAUAAUGAUUAUGAUAAUGAUGAAGAAGAUGAUAUUAAUUAUAAUGAAGAUAUUACAAUCGAUAAUGAUCAAAAUAAUAUUUUAAUUAAAAAAAAUUUAUUUCAUUCUACAUCAUUUACAAAAAUAUCAUCUACAUAUCCUGGUCAUUCUAAACAUGAUCGAUUACAAUCUCAUUGUUCAUUUACAAUGAAUAAACUUAAUUCAAAUUAUAAUUUAGAAGAUGAAAAUAAAAUGAAUAGAGAAAGAAAGAUUAUUUUAAAUUUACCUAAAAAAUUAUUUGAAAUGAUGAUGGGACGAAGGGAUGAUACAAGAAUUUUUGAAGAUCAUUCUCAUAUUAAUGAUAAAGCAAAAACAAUUAAUGAACCCUAUUACCAGUCCGAACAAAUUCUUCUUGGACAUAGUUUAAGUUGGCAUCGUGAUAAUCCACCAUGGAGUCGAAACAGUUCAUCAAAUUCUACUAAUAUUUUGGUCGCUAAAUUAUGGAUUCCAGAAAAGCUUGAAUGUAUAAGAGCAAUUUAA